AUGGCUAAGUGGGGUGAGGGAGAUCCUCGUUGGAUUGUUGAAGAAAGAGCAGAUGCGAAGAACGUAAAUAACUGGCAUUGGACUGAGAAAAACGCCACACAAUGGUCAAUUGAUAGAAUAAAGUCCCUUCUUAUUGGCUAUACUUUCGAAUCACAAGACUUUUUUGUAGAGUUAACAAACGUCACAAAAUGUAACGGCGAAGCAAUAGCAAAUAAUAGGAAAGCAAAACUCAUAUUCUUUUAUGAGUGGGAUAUAGAAAUCGAAUGGCGAGGUAAGUUUGUGCGGAAAUUAACGUUUGCACUCCGUCAUAUUAGUAGCAAAAAAAGCAGUGAGAAACCCACUAAGUUUCUUGGAAAGAUCGUGGUAAAUAACCUUAGUGAAGAAUAUUCCGCUAACGAAUUGGAUUUUGACGUGACGUGCGAGUCAUCCAGCUCCGAUGCAAACGAAGUCAAGGAGUUCUUACGAAAAAGUGGACCGCAGUAUUUACGCAAGCAAUUGGGGAUUUACAUUACCGACCUCAAGCAUGAGUAUGGCAAAGAUCUUAUACUACCAACAAAAGAUAAGCAAGGAUCUCAGGCGUCGGCCUCUAGCAAAACGCCAACUGGUGGAAAUUUGGUGGAGGCCAUGCGAAAAUCCGAGCCCCAUUCUACUAAAAAUACCUCAACUCCGAUUUUUGAUUCAUUAGGAACUGUGAAUAUAUCCAUGAACGAAGAUUUUAUGUGUACGCCGGAAGAUCUUUACAAAGUUUUGGUUACAGAAGAAGUAUGUGCGUUGAUUUAUCCUGUCCAUUUUCGGUCUUGUGUACCGAAUAAAUCGAUAUCCAUGUUCUGGCGAAAAGCCAGUUGGCCUGAAGGCCAUCAGAGCAUUGUGAAGCUGGAUUUCACGCAAUCAGAAACUGGGACGCACUUAAAGCUUACCCAGACCAAUGUUCCCGCCAGUGACAAGGAGGGAACGCAAUCAGGAUGGCCCACUCACUACUUCGCGCCCAUCCAGCGUACCUUUGGAUUUGGUGGAAGGCUAUUUUAA